CUGCACUAAAAAAAGAGGCAGCAGCUUAUGUUCACAUUGUGUUUAGAGUAGCGGCAGGUCUUCUCAUGUUGUUGAGGCUACGGAGGAGCGUUGUGGACUCGGUCGCAUUAAAAACCUAAGAGACGUUGAUUUCUGGAAAUCAACCUACAUUUCUUUUUUCUACAAAAACUGAUCUGAAAAGAAACCAAAAAUCCACCACAGCUCUUAUAAUGAGCCAGAUAAACUGCACCGACCCUGAAGCAAAGUUCCAGUACCAUCUCUUUCCUACGGUCUACAUCCUGGCCUUAGUUGUGGGCCUGCCGGGAAAUCUGGUGGCGCUUUUCGUCUUCACCAUCCGAAUCAAAUCUCGCACGGCCUUCAGUGUCUACAUCAGCAACCUGGCCAUGGCGGACAUCGUCAUCCUCUGCACACUGCCCUUCAGGAUCCACUACCACCUCCACAAGAACAACUGGGUAUUCGGAGACUUCGCCUGUCUUGUCACAGGGACUCUGUUCUUUGCCAACAUCUACAUGAGCAUCUGCUUCAUGACUUGCAUCUGCGUGGACCGCUACAUGGCCACAGUGCAUCCACACACCUAUCUGAGAAUGCAAAGCCCCAAAUGCUCUCUGGUGGUGAGUGUGGGACUGUGGUGUUUUGGUGGAGCAGCUAUACUGAUCUUCAUCCUCAUGGGUCCACUGGAAAGUGGGGAUGACUCUUCGGGGCACAGCUGUUUCGAGAACUUUGCCCAGAGAGAGUGGAACGAGCGCCUGAGGGCAUACAGUAUAGUCAGCCUGGUCUUUGGCUCCCUGUUACCCUCCAUAAUCAUCCUGGUCUGUUACCCGCUGGCAGCCAAUCGCAUUUCUAUGAUCGGCACCAAAACAGCCCAGAAGGCUGUACGGGUCAUCUACACCAUCCUGGCCAUCACCGUUGUCUGCUUCCUGCCCAACCAUGUGGUCUACCUGCUGCACCUCCUUCAGCGCCUGGGGGUCAUCCAGAGCUGCUCUAUCCGGGCUUCCAUCUACAACGCCAGACGAGUUACCAUGGCGCUCGUCACCCUCAACACAUGCCUGGACCCUGUGCUCUACUACAUGACCACCAGCUACUUCAGGUGGGAGCAUCUAAAACGGACGUGGCUGUGGGGGAUGGUGAGCAGGAGAAGGGGCGUGUACACCAUCUCAGUGACCUGAAAGGGAAAAUGGCACCUUAAAUUGUAAAUGUAAAGAGACCCCUGUAAAAUGCCAGGUUUUUGUGAUUUAGAACUUCAAGGAUAGAGGAUAAUUCUGCCAUCACCAUGUUUCACUAUGACUAUGGUGGGGUUUUCUUUUUGGUAAGGUUUCGGCAACACAUACCAAAAGGUUUGUUUGGUUUCAUUGGACCAUACGAUACUCUCCCAGAUGUUUUUGGUGGACUUUAAUCAGGCCUACAUGUUUUCUUGGGAAGAAAAUACUUCUAUCUUGCAAACAUACUUACGUACCUAAUACAUGAAAUUGCUGUCACAAGUAAAACCAGCAGUAGUUGCUAGGAAAUCCUGCAGCUCCUUUAUUGUUGCUAUAGGGCUUCUGUGAACCUCUGACCACUUUGCAUCUUCGCUUUUGGUCAAUUUUAGAAAGACACCAAAUUCUUGUAAUGUUGGAUUUCUUAAUUUAUUCUUUUCUCAUGGUGAUGUUUUUAAUCAGAUUCCCUACUAGUUAUAACAGGUGUAAACUCAUGCAAACUGAGAGCUGAUGUAGAAUCAAAGGUUGCUUCAACGAAAAAUGGGCAAACUUACAAAGAACUUCAGCUUUUUAUUUCUUAUAUUUUCCUACUAAUGGGUUUGAUGUUCAACUGAAUUUUAGAGGAUACACAGUAUAUCACAUUAAUGGUGGAAGAAGCAAGGUCUCUUUUUUUCUUGUCACAAAAACGUAACAUUUUAACUUGGGUGUACACAUUUAUAUCCACUGUAGAUGUCAAUACACAACAGUAAAUAACUUAAACACUGGAUAUAUAGGUACAACAUUACACAGUGAAGCUUUUUCUGUAAAACUGUUUAUAAUGGUGGAAUCUUUCAAAAUAAAAUCAAAAUCUGAAUUUCUCUUGGAGUUUCAGUCAUCGGAUGAACAGGACAGGAGCAGUCGUAGUUGUCGCAGUUCCUCUGCUUAGAAAAGGAAGCAGCUCUGGUCUCAAUGUGUAUGUUGACAAGACGAAAAUUGACAUUUUCUGCACUGGAGAGCAAGAGACAGAAAGUUUUCAUGAAGAGUCCCAUCCUUUACAGCGCUUUAAAAUAAA